AAUUUAUUUCUUCAUUCUGGCAGCCAUAUUGGAACUUCCUGCACCUGACUACGACGGUUUCAGCCUUAAUUUUCGAAGCAGCCCUACAUGAAGUUUUCCGUCCACAAGUGAACGGGAAAGAGACUUAUUAGAUCUGGAAUUACCCUUGCCAUGUCCACAAUGAAUCCCGAAUAUGACUUUUUGUUCAAGCUCCUGCUGAUCGGAGACUCUGGUGUGGGAAAGUCCUGUUUGCUAUUACGAUUUGCAGAUGACACUUACACAGAAAGUUACAUCAGCACAAUCGGUGUAGACUUUAAAAUAAGAACCAUUGAGUUAGACGGGAAAACAAUCAAACUUCAAAUUUGGGAUACAGCAGGCCAGGAAAGGUUCCGAACCAUCACAUCUAGCUACUAUAGAGGUGCGCAUGGAAUCAUAGUGGUAUAUGAUGUUACAGAUCAGGAAUCUUUUAAUAAUGUGAAGCAGUGGCUACAAGAGAUUGACCGCUACGCAUCAGAGAAUGUCAACAAGCUACUGGUGGGGAACAAGUGUGACCUGACGACCAAGAAAGUUGUGGACUACACAACAGCAAAGGAAUAUGCAGAUCAACUCGACAUCCCCUUCCUUGAAACAAGUGCCAAGAACGCCACGAACGUCGAGCAGGCAUUCAUGACAAUGGCAGCCGAAAUCAAGAACCGCAUGGGCCCUGGCAGCACGCCCUCCGACAGCAAACAUGACAAAAUCAACCCAAGUAGCACGCCGGUCAAACAAGGUGGUGGUGGGUGCUGCUCUUAAUCACGGGAUACGUUAAAAACAAAGAAACAAAAUAAAUUGCGGGGGCUUGUACUAUUAUAAAUAGCCUGGUUUGUCUAAGAAUCGUCAUUACCUAUUGUUUUGUGUGGCACAUGCUGGAAUUGUGUCCUUAAAGGGUAAACAUAAAAAAACAAGCGAUUCCUAGCUUGGAAUCUUGGAUGAAAUCAAGAGUGAUUUCAACACUCCUAACUUUGAAGUUAGCAAGAAUGCUUUUCUUUUUUUUUCAGAGUGUACAAAAACUGACAAGUGCUUAUGUAAAUUAGUCUUUUUACUUUUUUUCUGUUUCAUUUUCUUGGUGUAUUAAUAGGUAUUGAGGAUUUCACUGAUUAUUGCGGUAGCUUCGUACAGGGGAAUUUAUUUGUCACUGCUAAAUUUUGAAUUGAUGGUUAAUAUCCCAGCCAAGGCCGUUAAAGUCGUUAUCUCAAGGUGGAUAGAGCAUGGCUCAAACAAUAAUCCAACUUUAACUUGUAGAAAAACAAGACACUUCAAACGUAUCACAUUUAGCUAUUAUUGUAGUUUACGCUUUUAAGGGCACAAAACUUGCAGUGGCAAUUUUAAAACAAAAAACCUCCAACUUCCCAGGAGUUUGUGGGGCAGCAAGGAGGGGGAUUGUAAAUUGCUGUUUCUGUCCCGCUUUUCCUUUUGAUAUCAACUGAAGGGGUUAUAAAUAAUUGUUGAAAUGUAACCAGUAAAUGAUGUUGUCAUUCCCAACCUAUUUUACUGUGCAAACCACUCAGCAGAGGGAACUGAUGGGUUUAUUUUUUAUGAUUGUGACUCGGUGUUUUUGGAGUGUCUGCUUUUAUUUUCUUCUUUUUUUUCCUUAUUUUUUGUUUUUUGAAACUCCACUUAUAUCUCUAACAAAUUGUGGCUGUCUCUGCAUGUAAUAUUGUGCGGUUAAUUAAAAAUAGCAAUAUUUAUCAGUGAUUGUUGAAAUUUAAAUUAUGGACGUGAGCAUAAUGAAAUAUGAAGUUCAUCCCCCAGGCAGAGCGUGAAGCUUUGCAUUGUACUUCUGUUGUAAAAAGAGAACCAAUUCUUCCAAAUUGUCACACUGAAACCAUUGGUUAAUGAUGCCGUCAGCUGUGUGCAGAGGUUCAGUCACCGUCAUUAGGCACGGUCCAAGCUUGUCCAGCCAAACAGUCAAGGUAACUGUUCAGUUGUUGGGUCAUUCGUUACACUUGAAGAAGUGUGCCUGCGGACUGCUGGGUCUGCGACACAUUUUAGUACCAGCGCGCGCACAUGUUACAAAAGGGGGGGUAAAGUUUGUGGAAGAGGCUUGCUAAGACCAAAGAGUGGGGUUGGUACCUGUUCAGCACCUCCUUGCUUUGCCCCAGUUAAUAUGUUUCAUUAGAACUGUCGGUAACUGGUGAUGCAAAGCAAGUGUGACGUGAUUGAUGCAGCAGUGAUGCGGGUGAGAUAAGUGGCAUCAGCCAGGGUUUUCAGAACUUGGUGCAUUCAUCCCACUUACCAAAAAUAGUUGCAAACGAUUUGCCAACAUUUGUAAUUUUUUGUUGGCCUUGCCAGAAAAAUAGUGAACGUUGGCAAUGUUUCUGUAAGUGAAAUGCGUGCAUAGCUGUCUGUACUUCAUAACCAUCUGGUCCAGUCAAAGGAAUUACUAACAUUUGAUCUUUAGUCGUGGAAUCACUCUGUUUUUGUAACAACACUGUUCUUCAAAUUAUAAUUAGCCAUGGAGAUAGUAGAAGCUUUUGUUCAAUUUUGGAAUUGAAAAUAGCAAAGUAGUGAGCUGUGUACAGCCCUUGUCAAACAGCCAAAUAUUUAGAAAGUGUGACACUUGUGCAUGACGUUGUGCCCUCAGUAUUUGGUGAAAAUAAACCUGGAUUACAGUAAGUGGACGUGAAUACUGCAGAGCAUCAUUGAAGUUGUUGUGCUUGGGAAUACAGGCCUGAAAUCGGUCACUUCAAGGGAAUCGGAAAAACAAAACAAACAAUGCGGACCAAAUAAGGAAGAGUGACAUGGUGUUGUGAAAUGUGUGAAUAAGUCUAAUCUGUUAAAGUACACCCACCCAUCACAUCUUUAUUCUUUGAUACAAGGCCUUUGCUUUUAAUGAGGGAUUUAAUGUGGGUUUUCCUCUUUUGGAUUUUUUUCAAAUCACGAGUAUUUUAAGUUCGGUUUUACCAAUUUGGUUUUUUGAUAGUUUCAUCAAACUUAUCCUGUUGAAUAUAAAAAAGGCACGUGUUUGUUAUUAUCAAGAGCAGAGCACAGGCGCUGUUUGAUAAUCUUUACUUUGCUCUGUGUCGGCCCUUUACUAUAUCGAAGUGGCUUGGAAGCCAGAGCAGAUCAAGGGUUCAUUGUUUUAUGUUAAUUUGAUGAAUGUCUUAUGAUAUAUCUUAUUUAAUAUGUAAACUUAUGUAGAACAAGUUGUUUCAUAGUAAGAUUGUGCAGGUCCCUUGAGGGAGGAGCAACGCAGAAUUUCUUUUUUUGGGGGGGGGGUUGCAUUCACGUUUGACAUAAAUGAACCUGUCUGUAGUAGUCAUUUUGCUCUGUGUUACAUGAGGGGGUAUCUCAAUGUUUCUCCCACAUAGAUCAGAAGUACUUUUUAAGGUCUUUUGCCGAGGUACUUCGAGAAAGAGGCAGCAGUGAUGAAAGUCUAGCAUAGAUGUAUCUUGAUAACUACGUGGGAUCCAGCUUCAUGGCCCUGAUGAGCAGAAAAGAAUGCUUGGCCAAUUGAAGCUUUAAGCAAGAAUCGGUAGGGUACCAGUCAAAGGCAGUAUGCAGUUCGUGAUUUUUGUUUGUGCCGGUGACCUGUUUUUGCUGAGUCAGUAUUUGCUGUGGAUAGCAAAUUUCCAUGGCGACGACUGCUGGUCGUGCUUCUUUCUCAUGUCUGUCCCUUCGGUACGUCAUGAACAGCAAAAGCAGGGCAUUUCUUGGUUUGGUCCACUUGGACAUUUAUGGGACUUUCAAAGAAAUUCAUUCGGAAUUUGGAGAGAUGGGAUGAAGGAUGCGAUUGGAUGACAUUGGCAGUCUGAGUGUUAGCAAUAGCUGUAGCAGUCGUCUUAAUCCGAUUUCGUCUAACAAGGCACAGUGUGGGAACUGUGGCUGAAUUGUUUCCUGUAUAUUUGUCAUUCCUAUUUUAUUGGCCAGACCUUGCAGGAGCACGCUGACCUCCUAGUGGAAGUCUCAACAAAGAAGGAUGUAAAUAACAGAAACGCACUUUGAAAAUUUUGUAUUGUAGGUGUAGUGUUGUAACUUGAGGCCAUAUUCUUGUACCAGGUUGCAGCAUAAGCUGAACCACCUGGUGAGUUGUUUGGAAUGGUACGUUCCAUUUUGUGGUAUAAACGAUUCGUCUUUUGAAUGGGGCUGUCUAACUCCGCCCCACAUUGUAUACCCUCGUUUAUUGUUCCCAUGCAUGGUUGCACAUGUAUACAUGUACUUGUAAAUUACCCAUCUGUCAUAAUCAAGCCCUCUUCUUUCGUCCAAAUAACGUUGGGACCUUUGGUACAGCAUAUGAAGUAAUGCAUAGUGCAUAUGGUGAUGACAGUUCCCUGCUUUUGAAUGAAAAUCGAAAACAAAUCUACAAAAUUGGCAUCGUAGAUUCCCUACGUGUGUUAUUGUGUGUACUUGAGUCAUUUUUAAGCAAACUGUAUUCAAGUGUCGUCGCUGAACAAUCAUUGUUGAACCCAGUCUAACAGUGCUGUAGGCUGACAUUUGCAAAAGAGCCCUCACUGUGUGUCUCGCAUCAAACCUUUGUACACUUGUAACGGAUUUACUGGUCAGAUACAAAAGAAUAAGCCAAAAUUAAGCUUUGCUAAUCAAUUUGGCAUAGCUUUUCAACUGUUUCGUUUCGAUCAAGCUCAGAAUAAUGUAACAAGUCAUAGUGCUUGCAAAGCACAUGUAUUUGCUACUUUUAGGAUUGUGUUCAAUUUUUUUGAAUCCAAUCGAAAGUGGAUCCUUCGGCUUUGUCCAGUUUCCUCUGAGUGUUUGUCCCUGCCAAUUCUAAAUAUUUCUAAAGUGGAGUUUCAAUAUGAGAACUUGUGUCCUGUGUAAUUUCCCUGCCUUGUGCAUAACUUGGAAUCAUGGUUUUGUUUUUGCUCACACAAACCGUUUGGUACAUGUUGUUGUAGAAGUAGUCCCACACUACACUAUCCAAAGUCCAUCAGAUUGUUUCAUUUAUGUAGCGGUUUACUGAUCACAGACCAGAGAGAGAGACUGGUUUGUCAUGUAAUGCAGAAAGGUUUAUAUUAUAAUUAUUACACUGCUGUAGUUUUGCUUUUAGUACAUUAAUAAAUAAUUGUAAUAAAAAUUGUUAGCCUUCAACCAGCGCCUGUUUGGCAGAUGAAAAGAAAAAAAUAAAAAGUGUACGAAACCUCACAAUGUAAAUGUAAAAUUGUCUUGUAUUGUGGGGCUUUAAAGAACAUUGCCACUUUGGAAAUAAAUGAAGAAUGAACUUCAUAGAGGGAAUGAA